UCAGUGUUUCGUUCUCCUCGUUGCUAUGUGGAUUACUGCUCCUACUGCUUACUGGAUUCCCCUUCUCAUUACUGGAAACCUGCAUUGAACCAGCACAGAGGACUUUUAUUGGAGUAAUUAGACGUUUUACCACCAGUUACUUUAAUAGUUGUCUCAGUAGGACCUUUGUAGUUAAAUCAAAGUGUCGAGUAAUGAGUAAUGAAAUGAACGGUAGCGUUCUGCCGCUGUCAAUACCUGAGGAUAGGGAAGCCCUGGACCAUGUUCCACACAGGGAGAUGAACGGAUACCACCAGAAGCUGCAGGGUGGGGACGGGGCAGAGGCUGAGGUCCCGGUAUCCAGGUCUCAGAGGCGGAGGAGCGAUGUCAAAGUGUAUAAGGAGUUUUGUGAUUUUUAUGCUCGCUUCAACAUGGCCAAUGCUCUGGCCAGUGCCAUGUGUGAGCGCUGCAAGAGUGGCUUUGCCCCUGCAGAGAAGAUAGUGAACAGUAACGGGGAACUGUACCAUGAGCAGUGCUUUGUGUGUGCCCAGUGUUUCCAGCAGUUCCCAGAGGGGCUCUUCUAUGAGUUUGAAGGGAGGAAAUACUGUGAACAUGACUUUCAGAUGCUGUUCGCUCCCUGCUGCCAUCAGUGUGGUGAAUUCAUCAUUGGCCGUGUGAUCAAGGCAAUGAACAACAGCUGGCAUCCGGACUGUUUCUGCUGUGUUAUCUGCCAGGCCGUGCUGGCUGAUAUUGGAUUUGUUAAGAAUGCUGGAAGGCACCUGUGUCGUCCAUGUCACAACAGAGAGAAAGCUCGGGGCCUCGGCAAGUACAUCUGUCAGAAGUGCCAUGCCAUUAUCGACGAGCAGCCUCUGCUGUUCAAGAAUGACCCCUACCAUCCUGAUCACUUCAACUGCACCAACUGCGGUAAGGAGCUUACAGCUGAUGCCAGAGAGCUGAAGGGGGAGCUCUACUGUCUGCCCUGCCAUGACAAGAUGGGUGUCCCCAUCUGUGGGGCCUGCAGGAGACCCAUCGAGGGCCGGGUGGUCAAUGCCAUGGGCAAGCAGUGGCAUGUGGAGCAUUUUGUGUGUGCUAAGUGCGAGAAACCCUUCCUGGGACACCGUCACUACGAACGCAAGGGCCUCGCCUACUGUGAAACACACUACAACCAGCUGUUUGGAGACGUUUGCUACCACUGCAAUCGUGUUAUUGAAGGAGAUGUGGUGUCUGCCCUUAACAAGGCUUGGUGUGUCAACUGUUUUGCCUGCUCUACCUGCAACACCAAGCUCACCCUUAAGAACAAGUUUGUGGAGUUUGACAUGAAGCCAGUGUGUAAGAAGUGCUAUGAGAAAUUUCCUCUGGAGCUGAAGAAGAGACUGAAGAAGCUGUCUGACGCUGUUGCACGGAAGUAAACACGCGGUCAAGCCACAGGAGAGAGGCAAAGAUAGAUGAGUCAGUGAGGUGGCUGUGAAGGGAAGAAGUUACAUUUCCGAAACUGAUAAUUGUUAAAAAUUGAAUCUGUGUGUUUUUUAUUAUUGGUAUGUUAAAUUCAGGUUGGUUAUUUUAGUGAAACACUCCACUUCUUGUUCUUUCAGUUACAUCUGAAACACUGAGAAUCAUUUCAUGAGCCUGAAACUGACGGAUGGUUCAGCAUUCAGAUAGGCCUUUUCCACUGUAGGAACUUACUGACCCGUAACUGAACUUGUAUCCCUUGUCCUGGGUACUGCUUUUGUUUUGCUUUAGAGGUAAAACAGGUGCAAAACUUCAGAGAUUUGACCACAGGCAAAGCAGCAAAAGUGUCACCUUACUGCAAGUUUGUUCUGCUUGUUGAACAUCUAUUUGAUAACCUGCUCAUGCAGUCUCAGUUACAGGCAGACUUUGUUGCACAUAUGAUUAACAAGCAUGUUACUGUUCACUUGAAGCUGUCUCCUCAGUUGUAUAGAGGAGCUCAGCCCUGCCCUCAUGUAAACAGGCACAGACACAAGGAAAAAUUCAAUAGAAAAGCAAAGCAUAACAGACCGCAUCAGCCCUUCAAUUUCUGUGAGAUUACAGAUAGGGGAAGAUCCAAGUUACUGCUCAUUAAGUUACCAUGGUGGAAAAACACUAAGAUUGUUGGUCAGUCAGUCAUAACAUUUAACUUUAAUCUGGUCAAUGCCUUAUGGCUCAAACACUGCACUGCAUAGUUUUCAUAGACGUGCCUUAUUACACUGCUAUAUAUAUAUAUAUGUAUAUGUAAACAUAAGCAUGUGAUGAUAGUCCUGUAUUUAAUAAUGAGCUUUAAGAGAACAUAGAAACAUGGGGAUAAUAUGACUUAAAAGCAGCAUUAGCAGGUUGUUCAACUGUUUGCCAUCUUGUUUUGUGACACCAAAUAAUGUUUGCUGCUUGACUUACAGUAUGUUACGAUAUGCUUGCUUAAUAAUAGAGUAAAGCUAAAAAAAAGCUAAGAAAUGCAUCUGAAUGUGUAUAGAAUAUCCACCAAAAUGUAUUAUUAUGUAUUUUCUUUAAUAUUAUGGAAGUACGUUUUAAUUUCUUUUCCUUUUUUAUUGCUUUUUUUGCAUCAGAUUAUUGACAUCAUUCAGCAGCCUCCUUAAUGAAGGGUACAUACAGUGUUGGACUCAACCAUCACCUGCAGUAUGUUGGAUUGCCUCGUUCUGUACUAUGCAUUCUGUGUGAAACACUCUAUGCAAAGAGAUAUUUACCGGUUUAACAGGUUCCACUUGUACAAACUAAAAUAAUAUUAUAACAGCUCUGAAAAGCCCAAGCUUAUAAUGUUUGGUUUUUGUUUACAGUAAAUACUUAAGGGUGACAGAAUAUUUGAAAACACCCUUCAAAGUAAUACAGUCCAAUGUAAUGCCAUAAAUACAUCUUAAAAUUUGUGAUAGAGAUGAAACAGUACAGUACCUUCGACAUUUGUGAACAAAUAAUGUCAGAUGCUUCAGUGACAGGAUUUAUUGCAUGACAACUGGUAAUUGUGUGUGUGUGUGUGUGUGUGUGUGUGUGUGUUUUACACCGUGAUGGCUUGUGCCAUGUGCAGAGACCGGAUGUGGGAGUGAUGUGAACAUAUGUCUCUGCCAUUUGUAAUCCAGAGAAGUGAUCCUCUUAGAGAGGUGUAGCAACUUCCUCAGGGCUCAUAGCCUCUAAGGAAGGAAAACCAACUGUUGUGAGUUGGAAAGAAUAAUUUGUUUUCAACAAAUUGUUUUACUCAUACAGUAUUUUAUCAGAGAAAGCUUUUCUUUUACAUAGAAAAACACAUUCCACUGUUUUAUGGAAAUACAAAUUCUGUGUUACUGUUGCCACAACAUUUCUCAUGUGUCAUGCAGAAGUAAAACUAUCCACUGGACUGUUUGUUGUGAAGCAGAACUUCUCCUCCACUAAAAAUAGUUCAGUAGAGGGUUUUAUUUUCUAUCUGAGUGACUGAGAUGACUCUGUUGCUCUUAUACUGUAUUUUCAAAGUGCUUGUCAAGAGGCAAUAUUUCUCCAUGAAUACACACCAAAGUGCAUCAUCUAGACUUGAAUGGAAAGUUAUUUUUCAGACAGUUCUAAGACAAUUCUGUCAACUUACCUGAAUAAACAUGUUUGGGAAUUCCA